AUGCCAGUGACCCACCUGCAGGAGAAAGCCAUGGACGAGGAAGUGAAGACUUUCACUGACUUCUCAUCAGUUGCAAAAGCUGGACUAGAAGAGUUGAAAGCCGGACGGAACGAGAUGAAUGCUGUGAUGAAAGCCGUCGGGAAAAUUGGAGCCAAUAUAAAAGAUGGGGAAGUGACAGUAGUGGCAUCUGAAGAAUCAAAGGAUGAAGAAAUGAAAGAAAUAGCUGAUGAAGUUUCUAAGAAAGAUCAAGAAAUGAAGGAUGAAACAUCUAGCGAGAUUAAAGAAAAAGAUGAAGAAAUGAAAGACCGGAAAGAAGCGUUUGAUUCUUAA